AUGAUUGUAAAGCCACUCAGCCCACUAUGGAGGCUACCAGCGCUGGAGGUCCGUGCCCGUAUAGCAGGAAACAGGUGGAUGGUGCCUGGAGUGCUCGUUGGGCGGAGUUACUCUUGCAGGGCAGGCCCGCCCAGCGAACAGCAGACACAUGACGCUGCGCCGAAGUCAGUGAUAUGGACGGUUCCCAAUAUCCUGACGAUGUCACGCAUAGCGUGUGCGCCCUUCAUCGGGCAUUGCAUUAUGACGCAGCAGCUCAUGCCGGCGUUCUGUCUGUUUGCAUAUUCGUGUGUCACGGAUUUCCUAGAUGGCUACCUGGCGCGCAAGUACAAGAGCAGGACCGUGGCAGGGACGAUUCUGGAUCCCAUGGCAGACAAGCUACUGAUGAUCGUUACGACGGCUGGUCUGACGCUACCGACGGGUCCGCAGCUGAUCCCGCUGCCAAUUGCGAGUCUGAUCCUGGGACGGGACGGGCUGCUUGCGCUGAGCGCCAUCUACUACAGGUAUGCCUCGAUGCGGGCUGUGUACGGGAAGGUGACGUGGGGCACGUACUGCGACUUCUUUCGGUACCCCAGCGCAGAGGUCAAGCCGACGCUGAUCUCAAAGUGGAACACGUUCCUCCAGAUGGUGUAUCUCGGGUGCGGUCUUGUUGUGCUGGCGCUGGGUCCCGACGAGGCAAGGCCCGAAACGGAAGGCGAGGGGGAUCCGUGGUGGCGCAGAGCGUACCGCUACCUAGGCUACGUGGUGGGCGCCACGACCGUGCUGAGCGGAGCGUCGUACAUAUUCAGCAAAAGCGCGGUGAAGUACCUCAAGCCGCAGGGCCCGCGCCCAUAG